AUGACGUUGACGUUGCCGGUAGCGAUGAAAGCCGUCGGCUCGUCAAAUCAAGAGCUUGUCCGCAAUACAACGAGUUAUAUUUCACUCGCCGCCAUUCACAAUGGCAAAGCACUAUCGCACUACGCUCUUCAGAUCAUCGCCUACAUUAUUAAUGGUAAUCAUUCCUUGUUACGAGUUCUACCGCAAGUCUACGCGGACAAUCGUGAGCCGUUUCAUGCUCACAUACCACAGUUGUUGUCAGUACUGAGAGAUGCGGACUGCUCGGAGAAACUCUCGUUACUUCAGUUGGCAAGUAUGAUAGCUAACGAGAAACCAGAUCUCAUGCUCUCGCCCCGUUCCUUCCCACUCUGUCAAAAGCAUGCGAACAACCCGGCAUUCAAUGGAAACCUCGCCACCUUCUAUAAGAUUAUGGGCAAUAUCGGACGAGUUUCACAGCCGUUGGCCUCGGAUGUGUUGGAAGAACUUGUGCGAAGUGCGCAGCAUACGGACGACGAACAACUUUUGUCAUCGAUUCUCACGGAGAUUGAA